CUUCAGCUUGGUCCUUCAAGCAAGGGAGGAGUACCAAGCUUCUAACCUAACUCCCACUCUCUCUCUCUCUCUCCCUCCAUUGCCACCACCAUCGUCAUCUUUCUGAUUCCUUCUCUCUGAAAAAAGGUAAAAGAAAAAAGAAAGGGAAAUGCAGUCGGUUUCGUUUAGCAGCACCAUUUCUCCGGUGUUCUGGCAGGCGGCCACCAGGCAGCAGCAGAAUCCGGGCGCAGACGUGUUGUUCGCUCAGACGAGGGGUUCUACUCCUAUCCACUGCAUCUACAGGCCGCUGGAUCAGGGCGGCAGCACCGGCGGCGGAGCACUCUUUUCCGGCGGUGGUGGGAUGGUGGGACCGAGCCGACCCGAUUGGCAGAGCUCCUGCGCCAUUCUGGCCAGCAAGGUGGUGUCGCAGCAGCAGGAGGGGGAGAAGACUGCGGCUCUCGACCUCGCUACCAUCAACGGGCACGAGUCCCUCGACAUCGUACCCGUCGGCCCGAAGCUGCCGAAGCCGCUCACCAUGGCCGAUCUCUCCCCUUCGCCGCUGCACGGUUCCGAGCUGCGCGUAGCUUACCAGGGAGUGCCGGGGGCUUACAGCGAGGCGGCGGCUGGGAAGGCGUAUCCCAACUGCGACGCCAUCCCCUGCGACCAGUUCGAGAUCGCCUUCCAGGCCGUCGAACUCUGGCUCGCCGACCGCGCCGUCCUCCCCGUCGAGAACUCCCUCGGCGGUAGCAUCCACCGCAACUACGACCUCCUCCUCCGCCAUCGCCUCCACAUCGUCGGCGAGGUGCAGCUCCCCGUCCACCACUGCCUCCUUGCCCUCCCCGGCGUCCGCAAGGAGUACCUCACCCGCGUCAUCAGCCACCCGCAGGCUCUCUCCCAGUGCGAGCACACCCUCACGAAGCUCGGCCUCAACAUCCACCGCGAGGCCUUCGACGACACCGCGGGCGCCGCCGAGUUCGUCGCCGCCGGCGGCCUCCGCGACACCGCCGCCAUCGCCUCCUCCCGCGCCGCGGAGUUGUACGGCCUCAAUGUGCUGGCGGACGGCAUCCAGGACGACUCCAGCAACGUGACUCGGUUCGUGAUGCUGGCGCGCGAGCCCAUCAUCCCCAGGAACGACCGGCCGUUCAAGACGAGCAUCGUCUUCGCCCACGACAAGGGCACCUCCGUCCUCUUCAAGGUGCUCGCCGCCUUCGCCUUCCGCAACAUCAACCUCACCAAGAUCGAGUCCCGCCCCCACCGCAUCCGCCCCAUCCGCCUCGUCGACGAGGAUGCCGCCGGCGCCGGCACCGCCAAGCACUUUGAGUACAUGUUCUACGUCGACUUUGAGGCGUCCAUGGCGGACGUCCGUGCGCAGAACGCCCUCGCCGAGGUCCAGGAGUUCACCAGCUUCCUCAGAGUUCUCGGCAGCUACCCCAUGGACAUGUCCCCUUGGUGCCCCUCCCGCAAUGACGAUGCUUCACCACCAUCAUGAUCACCCCCCAUGUCGCCUCUGCACAUAAUCGACAAAUCCAUCGGCUCUAGAUCGAACACUAGAUCUAGCAAAAGAUCGAUCGCUACAAAAAAUAGCCAUCGAUCAUCGUCAUGAACAGAUACAUACGUAUAUGUGAAGCCGUAUAUAUUUCAUGUGCAUACAGAUUCGUUUCGUUGAGUCGUUCAUGUCAGUCAAAAUUUGUUGUGCUUCUUAUCAUGCAUACCACGAGAGUCCUGUUUUUCCUGUUCUUCUCAGUUAUGCCAAUAAUACCUUCUGGCUCUCUCUUGCAA